AUGUCUUCUCUGUUUUCAAUUGGUGAAGAUGAGUUGGAUCUGGACGACGAGGUGAGCUUAAGUUGAGCAUAUAUACAGUAUGUUGCCCAGUAUCCGGACACUUCAGUUUAAGAUUGCAGUAACUUUCCUUUGUUAAUCGUAAAAGCUCUGAAAUUUGGCCCAGAGAAAAUCUGUCUAGUCCUUAAUAUGACGAAAGACAGUUUAACUUUUUUGCCUUUGUUUCCAUCGCGAAAUUAAUAUUUUUGCAGAGCUCCUAUGUUGCCCAGUAUCCGGACAGCUGGCCCAGUAUCCGGACACAACAAUAACAACGUAACUGUACAUAAAUUUUGACAGGCAAGCGACUUAUAAGCUUCUCUUGCACUUGCAAAGUAGUCUGGCAAUCGAUUCCAAAAAUAUAACCUAGCAUCGUGAAAUAAAACAUAACAUAUGACUGGGGUAUGGUGGGGAACGCGAACGGCUGUUUUAAAAAAUUUAAUGGUAUAAUUCUUACUUCCUUGUCUAGGAACUUUUCACUGAUUUAAGGAAGGCAUCCGUGGACAUGCUGAAGCCGCAGUUUGCAAGCUCAAUUAGCCAAUCUGCAAACGACUUUCUUUCUUUCUUCAUUUUUUAUUUUAAAAAAAGCUUGGGGAAGGGACCUCAACCCGACGGUCAAAGGUCACUCUCCUAUUUAGUCUGACCUGCAGUGUUGAUUUCUUCAUGCUCAGUCCCCACAAUAAGCCUGCUUUUCUAGCACUAAUUCCUCCUUCUUUCACAUCUCUCAAUCCCUUUGUGACAUUUUUCAGACCGUUGCAACCCCAUUCUAGCAGUCACAACUCAGGAAAGUAUGAGAAUUCCAGGUUCAACUCAGACGCUUUCAGUUAUAUUUAGAAAAUGCAGUCACGCGAAACAAGCCGUGCACACGAAAUCAAGUCGGCCUCUGAAUGAGUGAACAAAAAAUUUCCAUACGGAGUUGAGUAGAAUUACAUUUUACGACUAUGUCAUAUAUCCUAAGCUUUAAUCAUAGUUACUGAUAUGAAAUAAAUCUUAUCCGGAUAAUGUACACAGCUAAUUCAUCGAUUCUGUAAAGCAAAGAAAAAACUGUCCGGAUACUGGGCACAUGACAUCAAAACUUAGUGAAUGUUUCUGGCCUCCCUUAUUCCAAACAAAUCGAAUUUCAAGAAGAAUUAAUAAACUUUCUGAAAACCUGACUUCCUUAAGUAUCUUCACUUUAAAAAUAAAACAGUUUCUUUGAAAAUAUCACACAUUACCCUCCCUUUUCUGAGCAGCACUAAUUUUACUGCGCAGUAAACAGCUAAAAUAUUAGCCAUGAAAAGUUUACUCACCUGAACAGAACGGCGUCUUCCUCAACUGUUUCGCAAGCUUUCAAAUCGCCAAAACUUUCAUCUUAAAGCUGAAUUGUUCAGCUUUCAUUCGAAAUACUUCGUUUACCGAGAACUGAAAAGGGCACCUCAAAAAUUGAGUUUUUGUUUCAAGUGUCCGGAUACUGGUACCGUCCGGAUACUGGGCAACAUACUGUAUUGCAGGUUAAUUUUUGUCUAAUCAGUUCUAAGAUAGUUUCUCUUAGUAUAUAUGUUGUAGUUAAUUUUUUAUCUCAGGUAAUUUUUGUUUUUCUUUUGUUUUUGGGUAUGGUAAUGUAUGCUAAUGAAAUUGAAACAAAAGAAAAAUAAAAAAUACCUGAGAUAAAAAGAGCAUUAUUAAUGAAGAGACACCUGUGAAUAAAGUUUGAUUAUUUGUUGUUGUUGUUGUGCGCGAUGGCCAUGUUGGAGGAGUAAAACAAUAAAACGAUUUUCCUUAGGGAAAAAGUUCCAUUUUCAUGCUAUUAGUUUUUUAUUGCUUACUUCUACAUUGUAUACAACAUGACCACCGUGCACAGACUCUAUUGUUUGAUCUCAGAUCAGGAGGCACUGGUGGAGGCUAUGCUCAAACAGUGCCCAGUGCCUCCUUGUGACUUUUUUCAGUGGUUACAUGUGCCUGUGUCCUUGCUCAACCAUCUUCGUUUUUUGCAUUUAGAAACUUACAAUGCCGGGACCUUUGGCCAGCUGAAAUUCAUACUUAAGAACUUUUAGGCCACCUACAUGAACAAUGCUUCUCAGAGUAGGACCUUGUAUUAAACUAUCUAUUUUAGCAUGAGCUUAUACAUGUAUGUAUUUUUUGUUUUUGUUUUGGAUUUUUAAAAGGAUUGCUUACUGGCAGCAUGUGGCAUAGGCUCUUCAACUGAUAGAGUAGUAGAAGAUUCCAAGAGUAAUUCAGUUACUGGUUUGAACCAAUCAAGCUUUACAAGGCAGCUCUUGAGAACUAAAGAAGUAGAAAAACAACAAAAGGGUUAUGAAAGACGGCCUUUUGAAUCCAUUUUUAACAAAAGCAAAAGUGAAAGGACCUCUGACCUUAAAAGGUCUUCAGAGCAAAUACAGAGGAGUUCCUCUUUUAAAAACUGUCCAAACAACAACUCAACUUCACAUCUGUCAACUAGUACACUGAAUAUUCCGUUUACCAAGCGAUUUGCUAUUGAUCCACACCAGACUUUGCUAAAACCAACUGCAUGUAAUUCUCCAAGAGGCAACGUGCCUUGUUCAUCUUCCACACUAAACUCAACAGACCAUUCAUGUCUUACAACACAUUCUUGUGAUAAUUCUUCACCAGUUCAGAGGAACUCAAUUGCUGGUGUUUCAAAAAUACAUGGACUGCAACAAUAUAGCUUUAGACCUUCAAGUUCAAGCAACAGAGUGCAUCACUCAGUAGACAGUGCCUCAUCCUCAUCUGGAAGCGAUCCUACAUAUUCAUCAACACCUUUACUGAGAAAAGAAUUUUCUGGGUUGCAAAAGGUUUCAUCCAAUUGUAGCAAGGUAUUAAGCAGUUCAAAAGGUGCAGCUAAUUCUGCAUUGUUACAAACAAAAAAACAUUCGACAGGAACACUAGUGGCUGGAAUUCCAACUGGAGAUCUUUCCAAUAUAAAAGGCAGCACACCUACCACCUCCUAUAGUGAAAGAAAAAGACAGUCUACUACAAACGCCUUUAAUAAACAUAACAUUGGACCAAGGGAGUUUGAAAGCCCUAGAGUGUCCAGGCAGAGUUCUAUUACAAGUCCUAGGACACCACAGGCUUACCAAGCUGUUACUCCGCUUAGCAGCAAAACACCAAUUUCAAGGAAGUUUCCUGGUCCUGCUGGGCUGCUGCCUAAACUGGUGAGUAAGAAAUGUUUUUGUUAACGCUAAGGGUCUCAAGUAAAAGAAAAAAUUCACUGAGUUAUGUUUUAAAAUAGAUAAAAUGUUACUAAUUAUUUGAAUGUAUUGUCAACUUUCAUGUAAGGACGACAAACUAUAUUGUUGUUUGGUUUACUGCAGAGUCCUGGUCAAAACCUUGAUGAUUCUUCUUUUGCAUCUCCACUACCAACUACAAAAAAACCAUCAACAGUUCAGAGUAAAGUACAUAAUGAUAUUUUAUUUUAUAUUUCUAUAAGAUUGCAAGAUUUAGUAUGCUUUUUUGUAAUAGUAUAGUCAUGUGGCACAAGUAAAGUGAUGCUUUUCAGUUGGUUUUGAUCACAGUUGAACCUCUGUUUCAUUGGUUAAGUACAGUGAGCAAUUAUUGUUUUGCCCACUGUGACUCGAUAACAAAUUGCUAAAUCGAGGGACAUGGCAGCUUAAAAGAACACCGGGCUAAUGUGUUGUAGAGCUAGCACCAUUGUUGCAUGUAAAAUAAUUAUUCCACAAGAUUGAUAUACUGUUCUUCUCCUUCACAGGUUUCUCAGUCAAGUACAUCAGAAGAUGAUGAUUUUAAUCGAGAUCCAUGGACUUGUAUGUAUCAGGAAUUCCUCAAAAGUAAGUUUAUAUGUGAUCUCGUUUGCAACUUUGUACAUGUACAGUGUAUGUCUAUUUUCACUGUAAAAAUCCAGCUAUGUGCCUUUUCUCUUCACCUAGGACCUUCAACUACAUAAUUUAUACAUCUGUAAAUUGUCAGCGCUAUAUUGGCAAUUUUCUUUAGUUUUCAUCCAUUUUCUCUCCCCUGUUGUUCUUUGAUGUAGAGUCUGUUUGAGUUUUACUGUACUGCCUGAAAUAAUUACAUUUAUAUAUAGUCCAUUAUUUCACCACUUUAGUUCCCAUAGGUGUCAGGUCCAGAGGGACGGGGGGUAAGAGCUGGAAGCAGACUUAUUUCUUUGGGGGAAGGACAAGGAAUUAGAUUUGUUCUUCAUGCAUUGUUUUAUGCAAUAAUUUUGUGACUGCUGAUAUGUCUGUAACUAACUGAAAGAGAAAAAGCCGUGAUCAUAUUAACAUUUUUUGCUGCAGAUGUUCCGUUGACAAUGAGGUAUACCAUAAUCAGAGCACAUUCAGAGGUACAAUUAUUUUGUAUGUUUAUACAUCUACAGGACUGGUGCCAAUGCAUUUACUGUUAGCUCUCACCUUGUGGUACAGUAAAACCCUGUGUAUAAGAACCUGGGUUUUAAGAACCUGUUAGGCUAAAAUUUUCAUUUUAAGCCCCCUCCACAUAAGAACCUAUUAAGGCUAAAAUUUUAAGUUCUUAUUGGUGGAACUGGUUGUGAAUGUAUUGUCUUUGUCCCAAGAUUUUCUUGGUAUCAACUUUGAAAUGGCAUUUCAGAGAACUGACUAUGAGUUUGUCUGUUAUGGUUUGUUAAGGACAUACCUGCACUGUACUGCCUUUAGGCAUUACUGUAUGGUAUAAAUGAUUUAUGACAUGAUAUUUAUAAUAUAUUUAAAUGAAAUUCAUAUGAAAAUAUAAGAACCUAUUUUAAGAACCUUAGUAGUCUAAAUCUGCUUUAAUUACCAUUUUAUAUAAGGACCUGUUAAGGCUAAAUUAAAAAAUCCAGGUUUUUAUACGCAGGGUUUUACUGUACCCUCUGAUAUAUGUAUUAUGAAAUUAAACAGCAGCCAAAUGCCUGCUGUAAACUGUAUACUUUUGACUGAACUAGGCUUCUGUUAUUACACUUUCACAAUAACAGAGUUACAUAAAAAUUAGAUCUACAGACACAUUUUUCAGUCAUGACAGCACAAAAUGCCAGUAUCUGUUAAGAAGAGUUUUUUCAGGACAGUACUCACCUGGACAACCAUGUUCAGUAUUUACACAUUGUACAUGUAUGUAUGGACAUGCACUUGGACAGAUUCACAUUGGACAUUUCCUACUUUACAUGUAUUUAAUAGGCAUCAUUGUAUUAUAACUGAACAAGAAUUUUCAUUUAAUCCGGUAGGCUAUUCAGCAAACACUAGAUCAUGGUAAAGUGCCAUGUCUGUGUGCUCUUGUUAAAGCCUUUUCACUCAAAGAAGCAGAUGCUAGUGUUUUGCUCAAGGAUCCUACAGGUAUGAUAAACAGGGGCAAAGUUGACAUCCAGUCAGGAUAACUUGGAGAUAUAAAAACAUCCCCCAUUUAAUUGAUUUUAAAUAUAACUGGCAAUUAUUGCAGAUAUUAGGCCGGUUAUGAUGAUAUCAUGAAGAAUUAUUCAGAUCGAAGAGGAUACUGUACUAACCAACAAGCCGUUGAUAAUGCUCUCUCAGAUCUUUAAACAUUCUUCAUAUUCUAUUUUUGAUUCAAAAUAUUGCCAAGGAAAAUUAAUCCCGUUUAUGGAUUUGCCUUUUCCUGGGAAGUUUCAGGAUUUAGCAAAGUUUAGUCUUGCCAAUAUUCUUAAAAAGCAGUUGUAAUCUGUCAAGUGGUAUUUAUGCUAUUUUUGCAGCUACAUUGUAAGUUUCAUGGCAGUAUUUAUUUUUCUAAAGUUACCAUGCAAUUUUCUCCAAUUUUCAAUCAAAUUUUCAAUUUUCUGAAGUUUGUUUACUUCAAACAAGAUAAAGGUAAUGUAAUAUUUGUUUAUGUAAAUUACUGUCUGUUGUGUGUUCUGCUGUUUUUUGAGUGAAUUUAUUUUGUUUACCAGGUGAGAUUCAUGGAACGCUGCAUCGCAAAGUUCUGGAAGAUUAUCAAACUGAUUUGGCUCCCGGGGCAGGACUGAUACUGAAACAUGUAAGUACCAUCAAGUUAACCACAAAGAGGAGCUAUAAAUUUAGGACUUACAUGUUCAUUUAUCUAGCAUGAUUAUUAAAAGGGAGGACAAGUUGACCUUCAGAACGUUUUUAAAGCAGUUAAUGGUAUUUGUGUAAUGUAAUUAUUUUAGUUAGCCUUGCAACAGUCUCUCAACUUUGCCCUCAUUUUGUCAAGGCAAACACGUCACAACACUUUCAUUUAUGUCUUAAAUGUUACUUGUAUAUGUUCAAGGUUAGCAGUACAGUAGCAUAGAUGUGUGGAUACACACAUCAAAUUAUCAUAAUAAAAUAAUAAUUUAGACAGUUCCCAGUGGUGGUUAAUUCCUAAAGGCCAAGUAUUUUAUCAAUUGUAUAGUUUGCAUAGCCUGGCCUUGUAAAAUAAUAAAGCUCUAGUAAAUAAAAUAAUACUCUGUAAAUAAAGCCAUUUACAUCAAUCUCUUCAGUCUUUUAUCAUAACUAAUAGUUAUAAUAACAACGGUAGUAAUUUUAAAAAAAAAAUUAUAAGAAGUCUGGUGAAACAUGAGUAAUCUUUCAAAUAAAUGUAACCAAGGUCUACGCCUCUCUCCCCUCCCCCCUUCUUAACUGACUACUUCUACAGCCAUACCAUCUUGUUUGGCAAUUUUAUGUCUACAGAGUGAAGGAUUUAUUCAGUUUCGCCAAACUGUUUAAUUGUUUAAUUUUCCAGGUGUCAGUGUUUAGUCCAGCUCCACGGAAACAUUACUUGAACAUCACCCCAGGCAACAUUCUCCAGAUCUACCCUGCCGACCCUCAGAAUAUCAUCAACAGUCAACCUUUGGUAAGAAUUACACACAUCCCUGCAGCUAGCUGUACAGCUAUGCAUACAUGGGUGUAAGACGUUGAGAACCUACAUCUAUACAACCCAUUUGGACGUCAACACCCACUAACCGCCCAUGUGGAACCAGAUCCCCUGUACCACGGUUGAGUGGUCUGCUCGUCAGACUCGUCAUCCGCGUGGUACCGGAUUCGUGUCCCGCUCAGGCCGCUCGCUGGAUUUGUUCUUGGUCGUCCCGAAUUCAAACCUUCGGCCACCCUUGUAAAAUAGCCAACUGGUUGCCUCCUGCCAGUUGGGAUUUUUAAUCCUGUUAUGUUUCAUUUGGAUUCGUUGUUUCUAAUAUUUUUAGUGGAGUGUCUGUAAACUAGCUGGGAAAGCUAUGUUCACUUCCACUAGAAACAAACCUUUUCCUUCUUAUGACUUCAUAAUUAUUAACGCAUCGACCCUGAGAAAAACGCAAAAAGUCAUUUACAUUUGACCAGAAAAUUCCUAUGAAAAUAGUAUUCUUCUACCCAAAAUGUCCUUCAAAAUUUGUUACGAUGCACAGGUUUUGCGCGGAAAUCUUCUCUAGCCGGAAGAAUCCUUCAGUAAAUGCCCAGGCAAAGGAAAAGAAACAACGGGGAAAAACCGAAGGAUAAAAUCGUGGGGGCAGCCGGAAUUAUGAUCUUUACAUAGACGUUCUUUACUUUUCGAGCACACCCUCAAUUUUUUUUUUUUCAAGGCAUCACAGUGUACUCAAGUGGACAGAAAGCAGAUGGAGCACAGGUAUCUUAUAAACAGUGAAAAUUUUAUUGUCUUUUUAAUAUACAUUCCAGUGCUUAACCAAUACAACCUCGUCCCCAGGUUCUCUCCCCUACCCUUAGGGACGGGUAGGAGAGAGAACCUGGGAACGAGGUUGUAAACCAACCUUUGUUGUUAUCGACUAGGCUUCAUGCAAUCAGCCUGGGAGAGAACUCACCAUUUUUUUUUGUUGUUGUUUGUUUUUUACCCUUCAAUUCGUUCUACCUUUAGUUGAAAUAAUAUUCAUCUUAUUCUUUUUUUGUUUGUUUGUUUUGCUAGGCCAGUGAGUGAAAGUGGUGUUGCUAUAGAAGCUGUGGACCUCACAGCUUGUCCGAGUGAAGAAUCUACUGAAGAGGCCGAGCUAUGGAAUCAGAAAGGUAAAACGUCCGACUGCAACCCUUACAUGUAUGACAAUGUACAUGUAGCUUAAAAAACUCAGGAACUCGGUGAUAGCUUGCAAAACAUGUCUCAACUGGGCGCUUGAAAUUCAGCGAAGAACUUGCGUUAGUUUAGUUUUUCUUACUUCACAUUCUUAACUUUCAGUGGGCUCAUUUGUGCAUCAAGGGCAAAAUUUUCAGAUUCUUUUUUUAUGUAGCUAGAGAGCUUUCUAUUUCAUCAUACUCAUUUUUUGCACUGUCACUAACGUUUGCAGAAUUAAAAUCCUGGUCAUUAAAUGUUUCCAAGCUGCAGCCUAAUCAAUUUUGUUCGCCCUUUUCUUCAUGUAUGUGGUGUGUAUCUAUCUCCAGAGCAUCAGCGCAUUGAAGUAAAACUUCUCUAUGUUCUAGUUUGUAGAUCCAGUAGUCGAACUUAACACUAGAUAUUCCAGAAGAAAGUGCUGCUGACGCUCGGAAAAGAAAUCAGCCAGUUUCAGAUGACUGACGUGAAGACACUUUCUACACACACUGUAAAAACUUUAAUCUUGUCUUUCUUUUUUUUUUUCCUCAGACUGUUUCGAGGAUUUGUUGGAAGGACUGGACGAUGA